AUGGCUAAUCUUCCUCAAGAUCUUCUCGUUUCCAUCGCUCAGAGGGUGGUUUCCUUUGAGGAUUUUAUACAUUUUGGCGCCGUUUGUAAAUCAUGGAGUUCAGCUGCUAUCAAGGACAACUUUAGCGGAACACAACAAGUUCCAUGGCUUAUGAUGGCUAAUCUUCCUCAAGAUCUUCUCGUUUCCAUCGCUCAGAGGGUGGUUUCCUUUGAGGAUUUUAUACAUUUUGGCGCCGUUUGUAAAUCAUGGAGUUCAGCUGCUAUCAAGGACAACUUUAGCAGAACACAACAAGUUCCAUGGCUUAUGAUCCCUGAUAACGAAGAUACUACUAUCCGUGAGUUUUACGACCUCAAGAAAGAUAAGAUUUACAAACUUGAUUUUCCAGAAAUUAGAGGAAGUAUGUGCUAUUCUUCCCUAGGGUGGCUAAUGACUCAAUCCUUCGGAAACCUUAAGGUUAGUCUACGGCAUCCAUUAAAACAUCAGCGAACUAUUCAGCUUCCGAAUCUUACGACAUUCAACGAUCAUCAUAGCGAUCCAGAGCUUUUGAAACUCUUGACGGGCGGUAAUUCCUUGAUACAAAAGUUUGUGUUAUCUUCAAGUCCUUCUUUUACGUCGGAUUAUAUUGUUUUGAUUCAUAGUUGGGAAAGAUUAGCAUUUUGGAGACCAGGAGACCAAGACUGGACUAUAUUAGAUGCGCAAGAAAGAAGAGACAGCUGCUGGAGUUAUUCAGACAUAACUUAUUAUAAAAGACAAUUUUAUGUCGUUGCAGACGAUGGUACAGUUUCAGUCUGUGAAUUCGGACACGCUAAUAAGAAAGCAAAUACAAGGGUUGUAGUUCCCAAAAUGCCUAGUGAAGUGCUUGGAGGUUCAUGUCUUGACUACAGGUUAUAUCUGGUUGAAGCAGCUGGAGCUCUGCUGUUGAUUUUACGUCGUGACUACAGGUCAAAAUUCAGGAUUAUGUUUAGGGUUUUUGAAGUGCCUCUUAGCGAUGGACGAUGGUCUUCUGAUUUAGAAGUAGAGAAUUUAGGUAAUAUAACUCUAUUUCUGGGUUAUAACUCUUCCUUCUCAGUUAAUGCCUUGCAGCAUCCUGGUUGCAAGCCCAAUUGUAUAUACUUCACGAAUCAACCAUUGGCAUAUAUCACUCCAGGCGAUUACACUGGUAUAUUUCAUAUGGAAGAUGGAAAAAUCGAGUCAGUCACGAACAAAUUACCAGAGUUUCGAGCUCCAUUUUUAUGGAUAGAACCAAGUUUCUAA